AUGGAGGGUUUCCACCAGCCUGCGGGAACAAACCGCCUCCAUCGACAAUGUGAUACAAUAUCGACAAUCGCGCUGCUGUGUAGGACAAGAACAAAGUCGAGAAUAAGCUCGUCAACGCCGGAAAGGCUUACAAAGAUCUUUGGUCGUCCGAAUGUUGCCUCUGCCGCCGAGUCCACUGUCCGCUCCUACAUCGUCGCCACUAGACUAGGAGGCACUCGCUACCACCGGAAUCCAGCUCAACAGCUCAAUGGAACGGCGCCGCUUGCCACAUACGGCUCCACCAAACGAUAUGGCGCCAAAGCUCUUGCGAGACGCGGCUUGCUCAUCAAGAGACCUGCGAGACGUACACUGUGGGCGACAACGAACUUCGAAGCCAGACAGACAAGCCACUGCGUUCCCAGGUUCCAGUCCUACCAGCGGCAGGCCGCGCAGACUGCCUGCUCAGUAAAGUCCAGUCCAGUCCGGUCUAGUCCAAGCCCCAAGACGGACUGCAAAGACGGACUGCACCGCUCAGUCCAGUCAGUCCGACGAAUGCCGAAAAAUGGACGGGACUGGACUGGACUGGACUAUCCGAGGCACUGGUCCGGCUCCGGCUAUCACCUGGAAGAGCAACUACUGGCGGAACUUGACACUUUUGUUUUCAUCUUUUAUCUCAACUUGUUACGGUACCUAGAGGAGGUAGAGGAGUGUGUAUUAUGUCUAGAGAAGGGAGGCUGUAGCCCCGAGUGUAGGAAAGGGGCAAAGGCCCGUACCUUUCCACGAUGGCAAAGGAUCGAGUGA